AUGGCUGACGUGCUGGAGCGCAUCUGCGAACUCCAGACCCUCCCCACCAAUCAACACUUGUUCUGUCCUCGCAACGGCCACGACUCCUCAGUCUACUUUGACGAAGACAUCGCCAAUACUGAGCCUGACCACGACGCGGAAGCCGUGAAAGAGCGCCAAAAGAAAAUCCUGGAGGCACAGGAUAGGAAAUGGCUUACGCUGAGCGCUCUCGAAAUACUCUCAUAUCCCGGUGAGGAUGCUCGUCCGUACCAAGAGUGGCUGAAAGAACGGCUGGAUAAUCUGAUGACAUCCUGCGAUGUGCAAUUCGAUGAGGAUACGGUAGCAGAGUUCUUUAAGACCGUUGAUGAUUUCUGUAUCGAACGCAUCAAAGCUGGAAUGAAGAUGGCGGCGAUUGCGCUCAAUGCUGCCGAACCCAAAUCCAGAGGCAUCCGGAUUCUCUCUAGCCAAGCGCUCUACGCCUUUUUUGAAGCCCUAAGCUGUGAUGCCUUCAUCCGGGACGAAGAGCUCCUCCAGGAUUAUUUCGAUAAGCCAUUCCAAAUGGUACAGACGAAAAAGCGCCUGAAGGUGCAAACAUUCCUUCCAUCUAUUACUCGCUUUCUCUUCCGCAAGAAUUCCGUUUCCCAGGACUGGGCUCUUGUAUCAUGCGCAACUUUCAAGAGGAACAUCUUGAGUUCGGAGUUUGAGUGGGCAGUGCGCGACUAUCUGACAGAGGCAAUGAUGAGGGUACAGAUGUCUAACCUUGACCUCCCCUUCGUUGCUACUUACUGGAACGGCGUGAGGCUCAUCGUCAACAAGUUAGACAAAGAUCUUAUCACCCACUCGCUUCGAGGCCUUGACGGUGACUUCUACAGACUCCUAUUGGAUCAUCUCUCCCUUCAAUCAGAAGGUUUUUUCGACCUAAUUGGUACCAUGACCCUGCUGUUGGAGAAGUCACCAACUUCAUUCUGGGAUGCAAUGGAUGCCAUCACACCCUCCACCGCCACCAUUGUGGAGCAGGUUUUCAACAGCCCUUUCUUAAAGAAGGUACUAUUAUCGGCAGAGGAUUGUAACGAAGAUGAUUUGAAUAAUCUUCGCGAUGCCUUCGCCUGGAUAACCCCUUUUCUGUCGUCCAUCAAGACGGCGAAUUUGGCACCAGUUUGCAGGGCUUUUGCCAACCAAUUUUUCGGUCGUCUUCAAUCCGACCAAUUUUCUCACGCAUCGAGAGCCUACUGUUUCAAAGAAGGCCUUCAGGUGCUGGAAUAUGCCUUCCGGAGGAUGAAUCAAGGAAAGACUGUAUCGCAGUUUGUUGGCCAGCCAACGGUCAAUGGAAUGCUGGAGAUGCUAUCCAGCCAUAUUGGACUCAUUGUUACCAGCGUGAAGCGAUUUGUUGAUGAGCAAGCCCGAGAAGAGUUGCGUUUGGCAUUGUCGAUGAUUCAAAACGCUUUCACUCUAGAGUGUCAUUCACUCUCCAUCGAGAAGCAACUGAUUGAGGCGAAACAGCCUUCACCUACCGAGACGCCGCCCUCCAGUCCCAUAUGGAAAACCAUUAUCUCAGCAAUUGACGCGAAACACAUUGAUCUCGCGACACAUCUCCUCAUCGCCGGCAGGAAUCUCAUUGGUCUACAAUCGCUCUCCAUGAAGACUGGUAUUAGGACGAUGCCCCCCACAAUACGUCAUUUCAACAAUAGAUUCGAGUUGCUUUCCCAGUCAAUCACUGAUGUCAUCGAUCGCCUGUCCGAAUUUGAUUCUACACAACUUGAAGCUUUGUUCAUGCAACCCGCCUCAGCCAGCUCCGUCAUUGCUACCCUGUUCUCUUCAAGCGAAGAAACCCGUAACUCCUCAGUUGAACUGCUGAAGGUCAUUAGUUUGAAAGAUGAACGCCGAGACGCGAUCCAACAUGUUCUCGAUCGGUUCUACAAGAAUGUGUUGCAAGGCGUCUCGGAUUCUUGCCGACAAGUUACCAAGAAGAAAAUUUUCGCCCCAGCCCCAAGUUUGAUCAAAACUUGUUCUGAUAUCAUUGAUAUCAUGACCAACCCACAGAACGGUAUCCUACGGUCUCGCAAUCUCGAAUCUGGGGAAUCUGGAGUGACAAUGGCCCUAUGGAAGAAUCUUUGGGAUGCCCUUACCAUCAUAUUUCAGACUACAGAGGACUGGAGCAAUCUUGGCUACUAUGAUAAGGAUACGAUGAGGGAAUUCUGCCGUGAUACCAUGCAAUUUGCUAAUUAUUUGUUUGACCAAUGCAGCAUUUUCUCCACAGCAUUGAAGAACACAAUGGCCGACCCUGAAGAUGCGACAGGUGGCACGAAACUCCUUAGGGAAUUGCUGGAAUUGCCGGCCAGGACAGUGGAAGCCAUUGCCAAAUGGCUCCGCCUUCGAGACGAAUUUCUCUCCAGUAGAUGCGUCACUCUAAUCAGCAGACUCCUCGUCCGACUUCGAGACGUCUCCAUUGAAGUAGACGCUGACGCGCUGGUAUAUAUGGAGAGAAUUCUCUCGGGUGAUGUCCGAGCCAAACUUAGCAUGCAACAACAGGCAGAAUUGCAGCGCGCUCUUGAGACACAUCUUGGCCAUUCGAUUGUCAGAGGGGAAGAACCUGUCAAACCAAAGCAGGAGUCUCUAACUAGAUACAUGUCAACAAGUUCUAUAACAUCCGAGAACAAAGUAAAGAUCACUGACAUACGAACGAAGCUAAUGGCUGACGCGACCCGCACUGCCAUCGCGAUGCAGGUGAAACGAGAGGCCAACAAGGCUAAGGAGACUGAGGCGGUAAAACAAGCGAAUGCAAAGAAAAUUGCAGAGCAAGCAGAGUUCAAGAGGAAACGCCAGCUUGAGAUCGAGAAACAAAAGAAGGAGAAAGCUGCUGCUAUUGCCCGAGCAAAGCAGGACGCUUCCCGUCGUGGCUGGUCCGAACACACUGCCGAAGCUGGAUCGGGUCUCGACGGCCUCGGUGUAUUAGGCAAGGACCACGCCCCAAAAGGCGAGGGCCUUAUGCACUCCUCGGACGAGUCCGAAGAGGAGGGUGAUUUUGAUGCGGAGCUUUUCGGAAUCAGGGAUAAGAAUAGGGCCAAAAGUGGGCCAAAGACCAACAUCGUAAACGAAGUAAAAGUACAGAUGCCGGUGAAGAAGAGGAGGGUGAUCCGGUCGAGCAAGGACAUGCGUGCUCGCUUGACUCCUGACUUAUCACCCCUUCACAAAGUCAUCCUUAGUUGGGAUUACUAUCACAACGGAGACUUUCCACCACACUCGCGGCCGGACAUGUAUGCGAGCGUUCUUAAGACGUUCUCAACUCCGAACGAUUAUCAAGCAACGUUUGAGCCUUUGUUAACACUUGAAGCAUGGCAAGGGUUCGUAAAAGCCCGAGAAGAAGGCAUCUCUAGGCCUUACGACAUCCGUAUCGUCUCCCGAGCUAGCGUGGAUGCCUUCCAAGAAGUCAGCAGUACAAUGACCCAUGCCGAGAACAAGGAGUUGUAUAUUUCCGAAGGCGACGUUGUUCUCCUCUCAAAGUCAAAGGACUCGUCUCGAGAGGAUCCUCACUGCCUUGCUAGGGUCUUCCGAGUACAGCGGAAACCGAAGCAUCUCGAGGUAUCCUAUCGCGUCAUGCCCUCAAACCCUCUGCAGUCUUCGCUAGUACCGAAUGGUACCGUCUUUGGGGCCAAGAUUCAGUCACUAACCCCAUUGGAGCGCGAAUACGGAGCUCUCCUAGGCCUCCAAUACUACGAUCUGUGUGAUGAGAUCAUUCGAGCUAAGCCGUCGCCAUUGCUAAACUAUAAGGACAAUCAGUUAGAACCCCUCAUUAGCAACUACAAGGUGAACAAUGCUCAAGCGAAAGCCGUGAAGUCAGCCAUGGACAAUGAUGCGUUCACUUUGAUUCAAGGUCCUCCAGGUUCAGGAAAGACAAAAACAAUUGUUGCUAUCGUUGGUGCAAUUCUAUCAGAUACCCUUCGAAAUCACGGCACACCCAUCCCAUUUCCCGGCCAAGCAAACCGGUCUGAUACCGCCGCCAAGAAGCUGCUUGUUUGCGCCCCGAGUAAUGCUGCCGUUGAUGAAUUAGUUAUGCGUUUUAAAGAAGGUAUUAAGACACUAAGUGGCCAGGAGAGGAAAGUCAACGUUGUCCGAUUGGGACGUAGUGAUGCCAUCAAUGCAAACGUUCGAGACGUGACGCUAGAGGAGCUCGUCAACAACAAGCUGGGCAUCACCUCCUCACACGGGAAUGGUAACGGUAACAAGGCAGGGGAUCCCGAUGCCACGCGAGCCAUAUUUCAAGAGCAUCAACGGAUAUCAGAUCAGCUCCGAGAAGCACGAACUCAGCUUGAUUCUGGGAUGGUGGAAGGCGAAGAUGCAUCAAAGCUACGAGAUGACCUAAAUGCCCUUCGCCGUCGGAAAGCGGACCUCGGCACCAAGAUCGAUACGGUGAAAGACGACGAGAAACGAGCAAGCCGAAGUGCAGAAUUAGACCGACGACGAGCACAAGAAUCCAUUUUGAGUGGCGCUCACGUCAUUUGUGCUACACUCAGCGGUAGCGGACAUGAAAUGUUUCAAGGCAUGAACAUCGAGUUUGAAACGGUUAUCGUCGACGAAGCUGCCCAGUGUGUUGAAAUGAGUGCGCUCAUUCCCCUGAAAUAUGGAUGUGCCAAGUGCAUUCUCGUCGGAGAUCCCAAACAACUUCCUCCAACGGUUCUCUCAAAAGAGGCUGCACGCUUCCAGUACGAGCAGAGUUUAUUUGUCCGCAUGCAGGGGAACCAUCCCAACGAUGUGCAUUUAUUAGACACUCAAUACCGAAUGCACCCCGAAAUCAGUCGGUUCCCUAGUCAAACGUUCUACGACGGUAAAUUGUUGGACGGAGACAACAUGGCAGGGCUUCGGAGGCAGCCAUGGCACACCAGUGCCUUGCUCGCUCCCUACCGGUUUUUCGACGUACAAGGACAACAUCAAGCGGCGCCCAAAGGACACUCACUCAUCAACAUUGCCGAGAUCGAUGUGGCUCUACAGCUCUACAAACGACUUACUUCAGACUUCGGCGAACUUGAUUUUAGGGGCAAGAUUGGCAUAAUCACGCCUUACAAGAGUCAAUUGCGGGAACUCAAAACCCGAUUUUCCGCCAGGUAUGGUCAAAACAUUGUUGAGGAUGUGGAAUUCAACACGACGGACGCCUUCCAAGGACGAGAGAGUGAGGUCAUUAUCUUCUCCUGUGUGCGAGCGUCCCCCGCGGGAGGAAUUGGUUUCUUGCAGGAUAUUCGCCGUAUGAACGUCGGUCUGACUCGCGCCAAAUCGUCGCUUUGGGUUUUGGGAAACUCGCAGUCCCUGGUCCGUGGACAGUUCUGGCGGAAGUUGGUCGAAGACGCUAGACAACGGAAUCGGUAUACCGAGGGCAAUGUGUUGAAGAUGCUGGGAAAGCACUCAAGUACUUUUCCGGCGCGAAAGGAGAUUGAGACGGCGAUUCCAUCCAGGACGGCUCUAGUUAAACAAGACCCCCAAUCGCACUCGAUGAGUAGAUCGACGAGCAUUCAAUCAUUGAGCGAGUCGGAUAUGAAGCCGAUGAAGAAAGAACCUGUCGACAACGUGGAACCUGUGUCGAACGGCAAGCGGAAGAUGACUCCAAGUGACGAUGAUGUCGAUAUGGAGGAUGCAUUUGGGGAGUCUGAGGCCCCCUCAAAUACCGUUAGUGGUCGGUCAACACCGGCAAUUGGAUCUGAUGCUGCACGCAACAGUGCCACGCCUGUCCCAGAGAUGAAAGAGGAGAGCACGCCAGAUCCGCCGAAACCGGGAGAUGUACUGGGGAAUAUGAAUAGGCCGAAAAUUAGGAGAAGGCCAAGACCAGAGGCUAAUCCGUUCAUGCCGCGACCGCCAACUAAGAAACCGAAGACUGGAUAAUGAACUGGAUUUAGGGGAAUGGGUAUAUGGGUGGAUUUUUCUUUUUAUUGUAACGGCUAGGAAUUCCCGCUUUGCUUCCUGGGUGGGAACCCG